GCAACGUGGAAAACAUGGUGGCCGGAAGUAUGUAGAGUAAAACUUCACUCUGAAAUUCCUUUGCAAUUAGAGCUGCUUGUGCUUUUUAAGAUAGAAGCAGUAGUGAACGGAAAUAGAUUGAACUGUAUUUAAAACCAAGUGGGGUUAUUUCACCGCCCCACGCCCAACGGAAACCACGGAGGAGCGACGAGGGAGCAUAGACUGCAUAUGACAGAAGUUGGCAUAUGCCCGGUGAACCAGCAUUGAGGUGUGAGGCUGACACUGGAGAUGGGAGCCAACACCAGCCUGCUCAGUGACCUGCCCGACAACCCCAGCCUCAAGGCUUUGGUGGGCACGGAGUCCAUAUCGGAGAAUGACCCUUUCUGGAAUCAGCUCAUCUCCUUCACUGUUAUUAGUCCCACAAGCAGUGGUGACUCCAAGUUGCUGGAAGAAGCAGUUUUACCGUUGGCAAAGCUCUUAAUUGAAAACAAUCCCAGAACAGGGAACUUUGGUGCUCUGGUGAGAAUCUUCCUGGGAAGAACCAAAGAGCUGAAAAUCUCCACAGAAUGCCAAGAUCAACUGUUCAUUUGGCAGGCGCACAAUGCUCUCUUUAUGAUCCGCUGCUUGGUCAAGGUGUUCAUCCGGGAGAUGAGCGAGGAGGAGCUGCAGUUGCAGUUCAGCUACCAGGAGAGGGCGCCAGGCUCCUGUGGCGAAUCGGGCUGUGAAGAUCUCCUUGAAGAGCUCUUGGCCAACCUGGUGCAUCUGAUUGUUGAAGUACCCCUAUUGGAUAUCACGUACAGCAUCCUGUUUGAAGCCGUGACCACCUUGCUGGUGUUCUUCUCCUACCAGCUGUUCUCCAAAGACAUCCUCAGAGACUGUUUAAUCUACCGGCACAUCAUGAAGGGGCGCUGUUUGUCGCUGACCAGUCGCCUCGUGAAGACGCUGCUCUAUAACUUCAUCAGACAAGAAAAAUGUCCGCCCCCGGCAACCCACAUCUUUGAGCCAAAAGCUGAGGGUGGCCUGCUUUAUGGUCUGGCGUCCGGAGUGGCAAGUGGUCUGUGGAGCGUCUUCACAUUGGGGGGAGCCGGCAGCAAGGCAGGCGUAGAGCUGGAACACAACCCCUUACCUUUGUCCAAUCAGAGCCUUUUGUUACUUCUGGUCCUGGCCAAUCUGACGGAUGGGCCUGAAUGGCCCAACCCUUAUCGCCAGGCUAUUACUUGCUUCAGAAACACGCAAGACACAUCGUCAAUACCUGUGGAGCAAGCUCACACCUUCCAGAUCAAUUUCAACAGCCUGUACACAGCACUGUGUGAGCAGCAGUGCUCCGACCAGGCUACCUUGCUGCUGUACACUCUGCUCCACCAGAAUGCCAACAUGAGGACCUACAUGCUCUCUAGAACCGACAUGGACAAUCUGGUUUUGCCCAUCCUAGAGAUCCUUUACCAUGUUGAGGACAGAAACUCCCACCACGUCUAUAUGGCCCUCAUCAUCCUCCUCAUCCUCACAGAAGACGACGCCUUCAACCGCUCCAUCCAUGAGGUGGUAUUAAAGAAUGUCACGUGGUACUCGGAGAGGUCGCUGACCGAGAUCUCCCUCGGCAGCUUACUCAUCCUAGUGGUGAUUCGCACGAUCCAGUUCAACAUGACCCGCACAAGGGAUAAGUACCUACACACCAACUGUCUGGCUGCCCUUGCAAACAUGUCAGCCCAGUUCCGAUGUCUCCACCAGUACGCUGCCCAGCGCAUCAUCAGUUUAUUUGCUUUGCUUUCCAAGAAGCACAACAAGGUCCUGGAACAGGCAACACAGAGUCUAAGAGGCAGACAGGGAGAGAACACCACUCUGCCCGACUAUGUGAGUAAUAAUACACAUUACUUUACAUAGAUACACAGUGCUUCC